UCUGAUAAGUUUACUCCAAUUUAAAGAGCGAUAAUUGUUGCGUACAUCCGUUUUUUUAUAAGAUACGAGUUCUAAGAGGCAGCAAGUGUUCGUAAGAGUAUUUACCGCUGAAAGUAAUGUUCAUUAAAGUAUCGUGCACAGUGCUCAAGUGAUUUGUACUGCUAUUAAUUGCGCAGCAUAUGCACAAGUCAAACGGCAAGAAUCAUCGCACAUGUACAUGCUCCAAAAUUAGCAACGUCUGACAAGUUUCACAGGAGAUAUGUAGAACUAAGAUAAAAAGGGAAUAAGGAAUAAUUUAGCGUUCCAGCACGAUUAUUGAAAAUUUCGUAUGGAAGCGCAAUGGCAUUUUUGAAAAACAGUGAAAGGUUAUCCGAAGUUUUGGAUCUGUUUCUGUUGCCAAAUUAUAACAUUGUGUCUACCACUUAUCUCGAUCUUCUGUUAACCCACAUUGUCGAGCAUAUAAACAAGUGUAACAAGAAUGACUAUGAGCAUUGCGUGCUAUUCCAGAAAUGGGUCCUGAAAGCAUUGAAUCUUUGGAGUUCAGAUGACAAACCUUCUCAGCCUAUAAUUAUAUUUACUUUGAAACUUGUAGGCAUUAUUUCACGUAACGAGUUAUGGUUUCAUUAUUGGCAAUCUGAGGAUGUAUAUAAUAAGCUGUGCAAUAUUUUCAAACUUCGUGAAGAUAAUUUAUCAUCUUCUGUUAAAAUGGCUUAUACCACAAUGUUGUCAGACUUGAUUCAACAUCGAAGUGGCAGACAAUGGGUUAUAGAAUCUGAGGUUUGGAGAGACAUUGUCAAGCAUGCACAUUGGAAUCAUACUAUGUACGUGACGCGUGAAAGCCAAAAUUUUCUGUGGCUUUUACUCUUAAAUGAACAGCAGAACACAAAUUUUUGUAAAGAAAUCAUUUUAGCAAUUGCAGCACCAUUAAUAACUAACAGCUUUGAGUCUCAGGUGUGUCAGAAAUUUGAGGAGAAUUAUUUAGAACAGAAUAAAUUAUUGUGCACCACUUUAGAUUUAUUGACCAGUAUUAUGGAAAACACGUUGUUCGCGAACGUAGACAACGCAAUACCUGAACUAUGUCAAGAAGUUAUCGACUUAGAUAUGAGGGUAAAGGCCCUUUUUGAAGCAUGUAUCAGCACAAAAUUAUUGCCUCAUGUUCAUAAACUGUUACUUUUGUGUUUUGUUGUUCCAUUAAGACGUGCCAUUAGAGAAGAACAAGAAACCAUUAGUGCAGAUAUAUCAUACAAAUUUUGUUACGAGAUAUGCUACAUAUCCAUGAUGCUUUUGUCAAAGAACUAUAUAAUAGAAAUAGUAAAAACAAAUAAGUUUUUAAUGAUUUACUGGAAAAAGCUUCAACUGUUGCGUAAAUUUGAUAUAUCACAGCAAUAUAAAUUCGAACAUCAAGCUAUAACCUUAAUGAUCAUGCCCUUGUGUGUGUGCAUUAAGCAUACAUAUAUAACUCACGAUCUGUUCGAUAUGUUUAUCGAUAAAAUGUGCGAUGUGACUGGUACCAUCGUACAGAGGCUAGCAUACAAUAUAAGAGACAGUGUCUAUAAAAAUGAUUUACCUUUACCACAUAUUUGCAAAGUAUCGAUCGAUAUACUUCUAGAAAUAACAGACAUUAUGGACAGGGAUAUUGCGGUAAUUGCGUUUCAAACAUUGUGCCAUGUACUGAAGAAUUUUGUGCCAGAGAUCUGUAAUGAGACAAGUAAUGUAGGAACAAAUAAUGCGACAAACUUGGAAAACGGAUCGAGAAAAUAUACUAUUGUAUCCCCGUUAGAAGGAAAUCCCAUAGUUGAUCAACCUGCGUUAUUAGCGUCGCUUCUCAAUGGUUUGGCCGUGAUAACUGAGAAGUUUAAAUUGAAUUGGCGCGAAUGCGUGGAAACUAUCUGCUUACUUUCCCUGGCGCAAGAAAUUUUAAAGCAUGCAGGAAUUACACUUGUGGUCGCCAUAAAAGCUUUGAAAGUAUGCAAAUUGGCGAUACAAAACUUUAUGGCACCGAAUCUAGUACUUCUCGUCGAAACAGAUAAUCAUAUGAACGAAAUAGGACCUACUCUUUUCAAAAGAUUGCACGACGUGAAUUGGGAAGUAAGAGACAGCGUAUUCGAAGUCCUAAACACUAUUGCUGCGAUCUCGGAACACAAGUAUCCAGCAUUUCAAGACUUUUUACUAACAAACAACUUCCUAGAAGUGUCUCUUGAAAUUGCCAAAACCGACAGUGAAAGUUACGUUCGGGCGUCAGCUUUAGCUUUCAUUUCAACCACUGUCAGAAUAAACAAACUAUGGGAAGAAAAAUUAUCGCAGCUCAAUCUGCUGGAUCAUGCCAUAGAUGUGCUCAAUAACGAAAGCGAAGCUAUAGUCAGAAAGGAAGCUGUAAUUUUAGUAAAGGAAUUAUAUGUACACUAUAAGUGGUCGAAAAAUGUCAUUGAUUCAAUGACGCGGGCAAUGUCAACAGCUGCGGUCUUCGAUCUUCACUGGGAAGUGAAAACGAACGCCCUUGAAUUCUGGAGUCAUUUCGUAAAGUCACAUCUGUCCGAUCAAGGAGUGCUCGACGAUCAUUUUCCGGAAGUAACGUUUUCCAAAGAGCAUAGGAAAAUCGUUUCGUUGAACGAAACUGAAAUAAAACGAAGACUCAACAAAGCAUUAGAUGAACUAGCAAAACAGAAUUGUUUAGGAGUUCUUCUAGUUACUUUAGAAGAUGACAGUGAUUUUGAAGUGUGCAGAACAUCAGCAGCUAUAAUAAGCAAAUUGAAAUCAUUCCUUCUAAAGUACAAACUCGAUGAGCCUUUGCCAAAGUUACCUCUACCUAAAGACAGUGCUACAAUAGACACUUCGUACAUUAAAUACGAAAUAUCAAAUAAAAUUGCAAAUUCGAAUUCUGAAGAGAGAUUCACCGACUCUACUAACGUAAUAGAAGAAAUCGUAGAUGCCAACGAUGCGAAUCUACUCGCGUCCAUUUACAAAAAUUCGAUGAAAAUGGACGAAGAACCGCAAAGCACGGAGGAGAAAACAUUCCAAUGUAUUUCUUGCGUGACUAGACAAACCUUUCUACAAUCAAUCUUCGAUUCCGAUAUCGAAACGAUCAUCGAAGAAAAAAGUCGAUGGCUAACUACCUACACUACUAGUUUUGAAUCGACAUUAGAGGAUAUACUAACCUUAUAUAAGCAAGGAGAUGUGAAUGCAAUGGAUUGCUACUAAUUUAACUACAAACAGUAUCCUCUUACAGAUACGGUAUGCAGUUUUUCUUAUAAAUAUUAUCUUUGAAUCAGCGUACUUCAUUCGUUUCACGUAAUCUCGAUUUGUAAUUUUACAUUUAGAGGUAUUAUAAUUAAAAUACAACCAUGAGGAUAUAAGAAA